UCCCGUCCGUGGCUUAGUGUUAGCCAAGCCUCCUCGUGCGAUGGUUGUGUGUGCUCUGCGCUCCCGAGAAGUGGAAUAAGUUUUGUGACUAUUACUGCCUUUUUUCCGAUUUCCUUUGCGUCUUCUAAACCGGUUGGAGCGAAGACAGGAGAUCGUUACGGAAUCAGUUGAGGGCCGGUCGUGAGUGAAUUCGCAUACUGAGCUUGAUAUUCUUGAGGUGGUUUUAACCCGGUGGAAAAUGACAGUAUAGUAUUUAACUGCAUCUGGAUUAUAUCUUACCCCUGCACCGCCUAAGACAGCCCUGAGGAAACUCCAGUAACUUUCAGUUCCCCCUUUUCAGCGGGAUGACCACCCCCGAGGGGAAGGAGGGCGCGGGCCCCAACGGGCAGCCGCCGCAGUCGUGGGUGCAGUUCGACGAGGAGGACGGGAACCAGCAGGCGCCGCCGUCCAGGGCCGACAGCACGCCCGCCGUCAUCGACGCGCAGGCCGUCCAGGUGAGCCUGGAGAACCACAACACAGACAAAAAUGUAUCAAGAACAGUCUCAGAACCAGUUAAUGGAGUGCGUAAAACUUCAGUAACUUCACCAACAACGCCCUCCAGUAUCACCUCAGAUACGCGAGUCACAAUGUCGCAACUCAGCCCAGCACAACUCCAUAAUGUACCUCUACAUGACCCUUCAGCACGGCCACCUGCCAAUGCUCAGCCUGUGAUUAGACAAGGAUUCUCAAAUGGGGAUGUAAUUGUAACGUUAUUACCCCAGAACACUUCAUUACCAUGGAUUACUCCAGCACAGUUCAGGCCAGAACUUGUUCCUGAAGAGCUGAUGGCUCAAGGCCUCACACUUACAGUUGAAGACUAUGUUCACAUAAUGUCUCAGCUGGUCAAUGACUACCGUUUCACCUUGUAUAAUGUGUGCUACAAGCGUAUCCUCAUGGCCUGGAUCAUCUUGGGUUUUGUUAUCCUUUUGGGUAUCCUCUUCUCAGGCCUGACUCAAUUAAAAUUAUUUGGUGCUGGAAUUGGCUGGCUGAUGGUUAAUGCAGCUGCAAUAUUUUUCUGUAUGUGGGUGAAGAUUCAGCUGAACAAAUCAUUAGAACGUUGCAUUGCUGGAAUCAACCUCCAGCUUCUGAGACAUAAGAUUCUAUUAGGUCUGGAUGACCGAGGGAAACUAUCUUGUCACAAGGUCAAUCUCUGCUUCAUCUAUUUUGAUACUCAUGAUUGUGUGGCCAAGUUGCAAGAGAUUAUUGAGCAAGAGGAACGGGCUGGACGCACUGUGAAUAGUGAGGAGGCCAAAAUGUCCCCUCUUCACCAGCGCAUGGAUAUUGAUGACUCAGACAUUAUCAUCACAGGAGCAACUAACACCCGCAUCUCAAGGCAACAAGAGAGAGCGGAACUUUUACUCACUCGGUACAGCCAGCGCUGGGCCAAGGACUACCUUCGCAAGAGAUUGGACUGGGCCUUUGAUGCAUCAGCAAGGUUGGAGGGUCUCUCUCCCCCAGUUUUGCCCCGUCACCUGGCUGCUGCCCGUUGCCUCUGCCAGUACAUUGAGGAGCAUCUGUCAGUCAAACUUCCACGCCAACAGCGGGCUUCCCGUGAACACUGUGCUUGCAUAACACAGUUCUGCCGAGAUGCCGAGCUAUAAAUGAAUACAUUGGGCUCAGUUUCAAAGGAAUUAAUUAUUCAUUUUGCUUAAGUAUUAAUUAGUUUCUUUUGUACAGUAAAGAAUAUAAAGGGAAAAUAGUAAAGAGAAAUAUUUAAAGGUUUAGAAAAAGAAAGCCCAAUUUUCCAGGUGUCUUGUGAAAAAAUAUUGAUCCUGCUCAGGAUAUCAAUAUUACUGCAUGAAUUUAUAUUACAAUAUUAAUAUGAUUCAUUUCUUCAUCAAUUGCACUUCCAAAUACAUUUAACAAUUGAGAAAAUUACAUUUUAUAUUAUGUGAGGCAUAGUUCAUACUAAGAAUAUUUCAUAUAUCUAUAUUUUUUAAAGUAUGUAUCAAAAAUAUUCUUAAUCUCAUGUUAGAAACUUGUGUUAGGGGCAUUGAACCAAACUACAUUUAGUAUGAAUGGUAGAUUUAUGUAAAUAUAUUUUUUCAAUCUCUGCAGGUAGAUUUGUUUUUCUUAGAUGAAACAUUACAUUCCACUCAGAGCAUUCCUUCAACUGUAUUUUUGCCAUACAUAUACCAUGGACAUAAACUCACACUUGUAAGCCUUUCAUGAUGCAGGAUGUUCAUAUUUAUUACUUUUGCAUGCAUAAAUUAAUAAAUGUGUUUGCUAUUCAAGCUAAGGAAUCUAUGCAUGCUAAAACAAAUAUGUUCAGUCUUGAGCAUGAAUGCACACUGAAACUCUUUUUCUGUGAUUAUUUCUAUCUAUUUGUUCUGUGAUCAGAAACUAUAUUCAUUUCCAUGUAAUAAAAAUCUGUUAUAGAUGUUCUUUAUAGUUUUAAAAUUUUGCCAAUAAUUAUUUCUUUAAUUAGCAGCUAGUAACUUCUAUUAGUGUUAUUUUCUUCUAUCCACUCAAUUACUAAGACAUCUUAUACUGCAGUAUCAUAUGUUAAUCAUGACCAGAAUCAUUCUUCAACACAUCAUCAAUCGGAGUGAUAUAUGGGAUAUCUUGAAGGUGUUGGUAAUUUUUGGAUUGAAUUUGAUAUCAUAUUUGCUGAUACAGUCAUCUUAGUGGAACUUUAGGGAAAUUAGUUUUAUGUUGAUAUGCUCUUUCAUCAGCUUUUUUAUCUAUCUUAUCUCUACUAAUAUUUCUUAACACUGGUCUGGCAUGGCAGUAGCGUGGUUUGGCUGAAGGUGCAACUCCAAUAUGUAUAUGGUAUUGCAACAUAUAUUCUGUCUUUUAAGUACAUUUCAAAUAACAGGUUUUCCUGUAAUUUUUGCAAGGAACAGUUCUGGAAAUGUACUUAUUAGACUUCAAGUAUACAAUAUAGUAAAGGUUUUAAUGCCUGGAAAAUUUGUGGUAGAUAGGGCCAUCUUAAAUGCACUCCAAGUAAAUGAAUUACUAGAUAACAGUUAUAAUUAUAAAAACUUUGAAAGCCCGUAUUAAAGAAAAAAAAAUAACCUUGGCCCAGAGCUGACCACACGGUGAAAUUUGGUAAAAGGAAAAGGUUUGUAUUAACAUGUUGCUUUCUCUCAUAUGAUUGUUUAUGUGCUAAUAAAAAUGGUGUGUUAGGAAA